UCUCUCCCCGUCGGGCUCACUCCGUCUCUCCCUUCCCACCCCUCCCUUCGCCGUCGCCGCCGCGGCCGGGUCACGUGACUUUCCGCGCAUGGCGGCAGCGGUCGGAAGCUGCCUCGGGAGCUUGUAGCCCGGGGUGUGGGGUCUGGUGUGUCCCUGCGUCCCCCCUCACCCCUCGCCCGCCCCUUCUCUGUCCUCUCGCAGCCCGGCCGGCGGAGCGGGGAUGGCGGAGCGAGGCCUGGAGCCGUCGCCGGCCGCCGUGGCGGCCUUGCCAGCCGAGGUGCGGGCGCAGCUGGCCGAGCUGGAGCUGGAGCUCUCCGAGGGAGAUAUUACCCAGAAAGGGUAUGAGAAAAAAAGGUCAAAACUUCUGUCUCCUUACAUCCCACAGAUCCAAGGAAUUGAUUCCACAGUUCAAAAGGAACACAAAAACCAGAGCACUCCAUCUGCAGCACCCACCUCAACUCCUUCCAAGUACCACCGAGGUCGAUCUGGGGGAGCUAGAGAUGAAAGAUAUCGAUCAGAUAUUCAUACAGAAGCUGUACAAGCAGCAUUAGCCAAGCAUAAAGAACAGAAAAUGGCUCUGCCAAUGCCAACUAAAAGACGAUCCACAUUUGUCCAGUCUCCUGCAGACGCUUGCACGCCUCCAGACACAUCUUCUGCCUCUGAGGAUGAGGGUUCUCUGAGACGACAAGCUGCUCUCUCUGCUGCCUUGCAACAGAGCUUACAGAAUGCUGAGUCCUGGAUCAACCGUUCAAUUCAGGGAUCAUCUACUUCUUCAUCAGCAUCUUCUACACUAUCCCAUGGAGAGGUCAAAGGAACCACUGUGUCACUAGCUGAUGUAUUUGCCAGUACUCGAAUAGAGAAUUUUUCUGCUCCCCCUGAUGUCACCACAACUACCUCCUCUUCUUCAUCUUCCUCCUCGAUUCGCCCAGCAAAUAUUGACCUGCCCCCCUCGGGGAUAGUAAAAGGCAUGCAUAAAGGGUCUAAUCGUUCCAGCCUUAUGGAUACAGCUGAUGGUGUCCCUGUCAAUAGCAGAGUCUCUACAAAAAUUCAACAACUUCUGAAUACUCUGAAACGACCCAAAAGGCCUCCCUUAAAGGAAUAUUUUGUAGAUGAUUCUGAAGAAAUUGUAGAAGUACCUCAGCCAGACCCAAACCAGCCUAAACCAGAAGGACGUCAGAUGACUCCUGUGAAGGGAGAGCCAUUAGGAGUUAUCUGUAACUGGCCUCCUGCUCUAGAAUCAGCACUACAACGAUGGGGGACCACGCAGGCCAAAUGCCCUUGUCUGACUGCACUUGAUGUUACAGGGAAGCCAGUUUAUACGCUAACAUAUGGAAAAUUAUGGAGCAGAAGCCUCAAGUUGGCCUACACAUUGCUUAAUAAAUUGGGGACAAAAAAUGAACCAGUAUUAAAACCUGGAGAUAGGGUUGCCCUGGUCUACCCCAACAAUGAUCCUGUCAUGUUCAUGGUGGCUUUUUAUGGAUGUCUCCUAGCAGAAGUUAUCCCUGUACCUAUAGAAGUGCCACUUACUAGAAAGGAUGCUGGAGGACAGCAGAUUGGCUUCUUACUUGGAAGUUGUGGUGUUACCUUGGCUCUCACCAGUGAGGUUUGUCUGAAGGGGCUUCCAAAAACUCAGAAUGGAGAAAUUGUACAGUUUAAAGGUUGGCCCCGGCUUAAGUGGGUGGUGACAGAUUCCAAGUACCUUUCUAAAUCACCUAAAGAUUGGCAGCCACACAUCUCACCAGCCAGCAUUGAACCUGCCUACAUAGAGUAUAAGACAAGCAAGGAAGGGAGUGUCAUGGGAGUCACAGUGUCCCGGAUUGCCAUGCUGUCUCACUGCCAGGCUUUGUCACAGGCCUGCAACUAUUCUGAAGGGGAAACCAUAGUAAAUGUAUUAGAUAUCAAAAAGGAUGCGGGGCUGUGGCAUGGCAUAUUUGCGAAUGUAAUGAAUAAGAUGCACACAGUUAGUGUUCCCUACUCAGUGAUGAAGACUUGUCCCCUAUCUUGGGUUCAGCGAGUACAUACUCAUAAAGCCAAAGUGGCUUUAGUAAAAUGUCGAGAUUUACACUGGGCAAUGAUGGCACAUCGGGACCAAAGAGAUGUGAGUUUGAGUUCUCUCCGCAUGCUAAUUGUGACUGAUGGAGCUAAUCCUUGGUCUGUAUCAUCCUGUGAUGCUUUCCUGAGUCUGUUUCAGAGUCAUGGUCUAAAACCUGAGGCCAUCUGUCCUUGUGCCACAUCUCCUGAAGCUAUGACUGUAGCAAUUCGCAGACCUGGAGUUCCAGGAGCCCCUUUGCCAGGACGAGCUAUUCUCUCAAUGAAUGGCUUAAGUUAUGGGGUAAUCCGUGUCAAUACUGAAGACAAAAAUUCAGCUCUUACAGUGCAAGAUGUGGGACAUGUGAUGCCUGGAGGGAUGAUGUGCAUUGUAAAACCAGAUGGACCCCCCCACCUCUGCAAAACAGAUGAAAUUGGAGAAAUUUGCGUCAGCUCUAGAACAGGAGGCAUGAUGUACUUUGGACUUGCUGGUGUGACUAAAAACACAUUUGAGGUGAUUCCAACUAAUGCUGCAGGGUCUCCUAUUGGAGAAGUGCCCUUUGUCCGAUCAGGAUUGCUUGGAUUUGUUGGGCCAGGUAGUCUUGUAUUCGUGGUCGGAAAAAUGGAUGGGUUGCAGAUAGUUAGUGGCCGAAGACAUAAUGCUGAUGACAUUGUUGCAACUGGAUUGGCAGUUGAAUCAAUAAAAACUGUCUAUAGGGGCAGGAUUGCGGUCUUCUCUGUGUCUGUGUUUUAUGACGAGCGCAUUGUAGUGGUAGCAGAGCAGCGUCCUGAUGCUUCAGAGGAAGAUAGCUUCCAGUGGAUGAGCCGAGUGCUACAGGCAAUUGACAGCAUUCAUCAAGUGGGGGUAUACUGUCUAGCUCUAGUUCCAGCCAAUACUUUGCCAAAAACUCCACUUGGAGGAAUCCAUAUAUCUCAGACAAAACAGCACUUUCUGGAGGGAUCUCUGCAUCCUUGUAAUAUUCUUAUGUGCCCACAUACAUGUGUCACCAAUUUGCCAAAACCCCGGCAAAAACAACCAGUUGUAGGUCCUGCCUCUGUGAUGGUUGGGAAUCUAGUUGCUGGAAAACGAAUUGCACAAGCUGCAGGGAGAGACCUUGGGCAAAUUGAAGAGAAUGAUUUGGUGAGAAAGCACCAGUUCCUGGCAGAGGUAUUGCAGUGGAGAGCCCAAGCCACUCCUGAUCAUAUACUCUUCCUCCUGUUGAAUGCCAAGGGAACUACUGUGUGCACAGCCAGUUGCCUUCAGCUUCAUAAGAGAGCAGAGAGAAUUGCAGGGAUUCUUUAUGAUAAGGGACACUUAAAUGCAGGAGACAACGUGGUGCUUCUUUAUCCACCUGGCAUUGAGUUAAUUGCUGCGUUCUAUGGCUGUUUAUAUGCUGGGUGCAUUCCUGUGACAGUUCGACCUCCUCAUGCUCAGAAUCUUACUGCCACCCUACCCACUGUCCGCAUGAUUGUUGAUGUCAGUAAAGCAGCCUGCAUUCUCACAACUCAGACCCUUAUGAGGUUGCUGAAGUCUAGAGAGGCAGCAGCAGCUGUAGAUGUGAAAACAUGGCCAACCAUCAUUGACACAGAUGAUUUGCCCAGAAAGCGGUUACCUCAGCUGUAUAAACCUCCCACCCCAGAGAUGCUAGCAUACCUUGAUUUUAGUGUUUCCACAACUGGCAUGCUUACAGGAGUGAAGAUGUCCCACUCUGCUGUAAAUGCUCUUUGUAGAGCCAUCAAACUCCAGUGUGAGCUAUACUCCUCUCGGCAGAUUGCCAUCUGCCUUGACCCCUACUGUGGCCUUGGCUUUGCACUCUGGUGUCUCUGCAGUGUAUAUUCAGGUCACCAGUCAGUUUUAAUUCCUCCCAUGGAGCUUGAAAACAACCUUUUCCUUUGGCUUUCUACUGUAAACCAGUACAAAAUCAGGGACACUUUUUGUUCCUACUCAGUAAUGGAGCUGUGCACCAAAGGGCUUGGGAACCAAGUGGAAGUCUUAAAGGCAAGAGGCAUAAAUCUGUCCUGUGUCCGGACCUGUGUGGUUGUUGCCGAGGAGCGGCCUCGUGUCACCCUCCAGCAUUCCUUCUCCAAGCUUUUUAAAGAUAUUGGCCUCUCUCCACGGGCUGUCAGCACGACAUUUGGAUCAAGAGUCAAUGUGGCGAUCUGUUUACAGGGAACCUCAGGGCCUGAUCCAACUACUGUGUAUGUAGAUCUGAAAUCGCUAAGACAUGACAGAGUUCGUCUUGUGGAGCGGGGAGCUCCCCAGAGCCUACUUCUCUCAGAAUCUGGAAAGAUCCUGCCUGGGGUCAAGGUGGUCAUUGUUAAUCCAGAGACCAAAGGGCCUGUUGGAGAUUCUCAUCUUGGAGAGGUCUGGGUGAAUAGCCCUCACACAGCCAGUGGCUACUACACCAUCUAUGAUAAUGAAACUCUCCAAGCUGACCAUUUCAACACUCGGCUCAGUUUUGGGGAUGCUGCUCAGACGCUCUGGGCUAGGACUGGAUAUCUUGGCUUUGUUCGCCGAACUGAGCUUACAGCUGCCACUGGAGAGCGUCAUGAUGCACUGUAUGUAGUGGGAGCCCUGGAUGAAACUCUAGAGCUGAGAGGAUUACGGUACCAUCCAACUGACAUAGAGACCUCAGUCUCUCGGACACACCGGAGCAUUGCUGAAUGUGCUGUGUUUACAUGGACCAACUUACUUGUGGUGGUUGUGGAACUCUGUGGCUGUGAGCAAGAAGCCCUGGAUCUGGUCCCUUUGGUGACUAAUGUGGUCUUGGAAGAACAUUACCUCAUUGUUGGAGUUGUGGUUGUGGUGGACCCAGGAGUCAUCCCAAUCAAUUCUAGAGGAGAGAAGCAGCGGAUGCACCUCCGGGACAGCUUUCUGGCAGAUCAGUUAGAUCCUAUCUAUGUGGCUUAUAACAUGUGAUUAUGCAUUAUGGGUAUGUAGCCAGUUCAUCAGAAUCAUGAAAGCCAAAGGCCUGGGACUGGGUUACUAUUGCCAUCUUUUAAAAAAAAAAAAUAAGGCUAAAAACAAAUACUAACACUUGCUAUAAAAUAAUUUGAGGUGGAUACUUUAUUUCCUUUUUCUUAUUGUAUGGAAUUCUACAAUCAUGUGACAAACAGGAAAGGGAAAUUCAUUGGUAGCAAAUGAAAAAAAAGUUAAUAGUUUUACUUGGGUGUGACCUUUAACAUUGAGGAUGUAAGCAGCACGUUACUAAAGCCUUUGCUAAAUGGGUGUUACAUUUUUUUCAUCUGUUGUACAUACUUGUAUUUUUAUCUAAUGCUAUUUUAGAAUUUUGCAAAGGGAUUUAUUAACAUAAAGGAAAUAGUCCGAGUUCCACAGUUCUCCAUCAUAUAUUGUAUUUUGCAAUUAUACUGUAGCUAGUGCUUUGGGGCUUUGUUAACAUGGGGUUGUACAGAAUACUCACAGUCAUGCCAUGAGCAAAUUGGAUGACUCAUUAAAUCUAAGGAUAAUGUCAUCAUAUAUAUACACACAUGCACAUGUCUAAAAUUUAAAGGGUUUUGCCUAUAUUUUUAAACUGUAAAUAAUAGUAUGCAUAAUUCAGCACACACACAAAAAAGGCUUGUAUAACUACAGCCACCAAAGUAGAAACAUUUAGAAUUAUAAUUUUAAGAUUCUUAACAUUUUAUUGGUUAGAUAACUAACCAAUUAGUUAAGUUGUAUGCAGGUUUCCAUUGCACUUACUGUGACUUGGCUGGCUGGCUGGCAUGUUUUAUAAGAUUAAGCUGCCUGUGUUUGUAUUUAAAGCCCAUUUCCCUUUACAAUGAACUUGUUUUAAACAUUAAUACAAUUAAUAUCUGCAAGUUGACCAAUUAAAAGUCUCACUUUACAAAACAAAAACUACUCAAAGCACCAAGUAAAAAAAUCAGAAUUACCUUAUCCUGGGGAGACACUGCUCCCUACUAUCCCCAGUUUUGAAAUUGCAUUUUUGAAUUUAAUUGUCAAAAACUUCCUAAUGUAAGUGAAUUUCCUCUUUCCCAGUCAUCUUGCUCCUUUAUAGUCAAACUUCUAUCUACAAUUUCUGCAUACAGUUUCUCUUUAAAAACCAGAAAAAUCCUUCUGAUUGUCCACUCCAUGGGAGCAAGGGGUGGAGAAGGGAGGCAGAGUUUUAUCACGUGGAAACGAUGCAUAUGUCGUUGGGAGAGGGAAGGAGCUGAGAAGGGAGUGAGACAAGUGGCCAGUGCAUUCCAAAAAGUUCAGUGUUGGUCAACUCCUUUCAAUGGGAUCAUAGCCAGCCUUAGAAAAAUACUCACAAGAAAACCCUGUUUUAUGCAAAACACACUGUUUUGGACUAACUGUGGUGCCCAGGCCUAGCAGACUAAAAGACAGAGCCAAAAUUGUCUCUGGCUCAGUUUCCUUUUUUGGUCUGAUCCUUCAUGUAUUCAAACAUAGUUGGAUUCUAUUUUUUUUUUUUUCUUACAGAAAUAUUUUUUAAAAUUAAGAGAAAAAAAAAAGAACCACCAAACCCUCAAAGUAAAUAAGACUUUAGAAUGGUUCUCCUGGAUCCAUCUAGUCUAUUGUGUAAAUACUUACUCUAUUUUAAUAAUGCACAUUAUUUACCCCAGUGUAACAUCAUGUAAACUAAAUAUGUUUUUAAACAAUUUUUAAGACUUGUAUUUACCCUGAAAAUAAGGUUUAUAAAUGCAGAGACAGACCCUUCUCUAUAGCAGUGCUAUCAAGUGCUGUGUAAACAGUCCUGUGACUUGAAGCCACUUUAUUACUACCCUUUUCAUUGUCCUCAUUUCUUUUCAUUCUCCAGCAAGGGCGGGCCCGAAAACAUUUUUCACUUGUGCAUCUGUUUGUUUGUUUGUUUUUUAAUAUUUUAAGUAAAUUAAUUUGUGAUGUGAGAGGGUCUGGCAUGUGUAGGAAAAGCACACCCAUCAAGACAAAUAUAAAACCUCUGUGCUUCCAGAUAAAUGGUUUAGUUUUGAGGUACAAUAGCUUGCUAAUUGCUCUCACACCACACACACACACACACACACACACACACACACACACCCCUUUCAUUCUGGACAAAGCAAAGGUCCAUAGAAACUAUUUUAAAAGAACUGCCUUUCUCUGUAGUCUUCCCAAUUCUUAAGAUAAAUAUAUAAAGUAAUAUAAAUUGUAAAUCAUACCUGCAAAAAUUAGAAAGGAGACAUAUAGACUACCAUUUAUGAGAAGAAUACAGGCAGCUCUGUGCUCUUUGAAGGCUGAUUAUCCAGGUUGUUAAAUAGAUUUUGCAUUUCUUCAGGUCUCUAGCUUCUCUUUAACAAUCCUGCUCCCACUUUUGUGGCCAUUUCACUGCUUUUGAUCAAUGUCUGCAGUAUUCUGUGAUUAUCCCUUCUAGUCAUAGACUUUAAAAAUCACAUAGCUGGAAGGGACCUGGGAAAUCAGCUGCUCCAACUCUUGCUCAUUAGAUGAAUCCUAUGUACAUCAUCUGCAUCGAGGGAUCAUCCAACCUCUACCUGAGACCUCCAGCAAUGAGGAACUCACUACCUCAUGAGGCAGCCUGUUCCAUUUUUGUACAGUUCUAAUUUUUAGAGAAGUCUUCCAUAGAUUGAACCAACAUCUGCCUCCUUGUAGCUUUCUGGGGCUUCCUUCUCUAGCUAAACCCUUUGGGUAUAGGAAUCCCAAGACUUUGUUAAAAGAGGGUUCUUCUGGAGCCAAGCAGAAUAAGUCUGAUCUCUUACAUCCCUUCUGAUACUUGAAAACAGCUAUCAUGAGAUUCAAUUCAACUCAUGUUUAUGUUAACAAAGCUACUGUGUACAGAGCACUUUGUGUCUCUCUAAAUCUUCUCUUUUUCAGGCUAAGUGUCCCUAUUUCUUUUAACCAUUUUUUUAGAUGACUUGAUUUCAACUUGUACCAUUCAAUUACUCAUCUUUGGAUAUAGUACAGUUUAUUAAAUCCCUACUAAAAGUUGGUAUAACUAAGAGUUUACAAGAAAACUUUCUUCUUAUGAUAUACUCCUACUAUUACACUAAGGAUAAUAUCCCAUGGUGUCACUUGACUGUGUAAUGGGACUUGCUUAUAAAGCUUUUUUGUGUUUACAUGCCCUUUGGCAGUCUGAUGAAACCCAUGGACCCUUUCUCAGAAUCUUGUUUAUAAAUGCAUAAAAUAAAAAAUACAUAAGAUUACAAAGAAAAAAUAACUAUGGAAACAUAGUUAUCAAAAUGCAUUUUUCAAGUUUCUGGACCUUAGAUUAAAAAUUACUGCUUUAAAAGCUACGGCAAUUCAUUUUCAUCUAAGAGAUUUGUGUGUAUACACACAUGCUUGCACAUGUGCAUCAUGUAUGCACAUGUACAUGCAUAUGUGUACAUAUUUGCUUUUUUAAAGUCAUCUACUACACAUAGCCUUAGCAGAUCUCUAGGACACACUGCCUGUGUUCCUCUGCAAAAAAUUGUAUAUGGGAAUGGAGAAGAAAAUUUGUAUUUUCAUUCACUAAAUGAAUGAAUUUUCAUCUCAGUGCAAAGAGAUCCAUUCAUCAAAUUGAGACCCUUAUUGUUUAAACCACAAAAUAAGGCAAUAAAGGCAGCUUCUUUGGAAUAGUGCCUGGAGAUGAAGAACAUUUACAGGGAGCUAAAUAUGGUUAGUGUCUAUAUUUUUAUAUGAGUUCUAAAGCUCUGGAGUUCAGUGUCCCAUAUAGCAUGAUUGGCUUUCUUUAAUGAUGCUUCUUGUCAUGGAAUGGACCAUUUUCUCCCUAGUAUAAGUCUUUCCUUCUAUUAGAUCCUUAGAAAGUUGCUUUGCUUUUGGUUAUCAGGGAUCAUAGCUUUCCUACUAGUUGCCACUUUAAGAUAGCCCUUGGGGAAAUUUGGCACAAUGCUUGGCUCAGACAAAGAACCCAAGACCCUAGCAAUUGUGUUAUGUUAUUUGCCCCAGGCAUGGUGCUGGAUCUCUUGGCCAAAUAAACCACUUUCCUUAGGAACCCAGGAAUCUUUCAAACUAAACCAAGAAGGAGGUCAUGCUCACCUAGCUCUCGAGCUCCAGAAUGAUCUAUGCCUUAGCAUUGUUUUUGUUGUCUCCUGUAAUGUACUGGUGGUAAGAGAAAUUGGAGCAUGAAGCUACAAUACUCUUAAAAACAUGAAUCUCUUCCUUUAUCAUUUUUUGUGUUCUUCCUAAUUUAGUUUAAUGUAGAUGGGCCAUGUUAUUUGUCCAGAGGAUGAGAUUGUAAAAAUAUGAGAAUAAUUUUUUUAGUUCUAAAUGCAGCUUUUGUUUACUUUCUGUCAAAUAUUUACCAGUGUCAAAUUCAAACUAUAAUAACUAUGUAAUUAUGUAUAAAGGUUUUUUUUUUAUUUAUUUGAAAUUAGACUAGGUAUACAUUUUUUAAAUUUAACAUCUGGCUGGACAGUGUUCUAUUAAUUCAUUGAAUGUGUUUCCUUUGUCUUGUGUUAAUAAAUAUUGAUGCCUGUUUCUGUA